AUGGUAAAGCCUUCAAGAAAAGAUUGGAGUUUGAAGCUUAAUAAUGCAUUGUGGGCUUACAGAAUAGCAUUCAAAAACCCUAUAGGGAUAUCUCUAUACAGCUUUAUCUAUGAAAAAUCAUGCCACUUACCAGUGGAAGCGGAGCACAAAGCUUAUUGGGCUGUCUCAACAUGCAACAAGAAAAUGGACAAAGCUGACAAGGAAAGGCUAUUUCAGCUUCAAGAGAUAAAAGAACUGAGACGAGAGGCCUAUGACAACUCCCGGAUAUACAAGGAAAAGUGCAAGGCCAUUCACGACAGUGGUAUCUUAAGGAAGAAUUUCAAGCUUGGUGAAAAGGUCCUUGAAUUCAAAGCCCGUUUCAAAUUUAGAGACGGGAAGUUGAAGGAGAGAUAG